UUAUUCAAUUAGUUGAUCUUUAUCAUUGAAGUUUAUCUUGUCUUGAUUGUAUCUUGUUACCUGGUUGAUAAAGAGAGAGUGAGAAAAUUUAAUUGUUAUCAAAGUUUCCAAUCUUAAAGCUGCUUAAUUGUUGUUACCUUUGUUAUCUAUAUUUAUACUCAAGAAAUUAAAACAAUGCGUGUUUAUCUGAUAACUUUGGGUGUUAUUUUGUGUGCCGUUUACGCUCACUCAGAGUCACGACAAUAUUAUCCUGGUGUUGGAUACAUAAAUACUGGAAAUCGAGGUGCUGUUCAAACUUCAUCUCGAUUAAGAGCUGCCCCUUUGACCAAUCAACGGAAUGUUAAACGAACUCGAGCUGCUCGAUUAAGAGAUGAAUAUGAACUCAUUGAAAGGGAAGAAUUGUCACCAAGUCGUCGACGAUACCGUCCAAAUACUCGUAAUACUAAUAGACGAUCAUCUGCUCGACGUCCAUCAACAGGUCGUCGAUAUCGAUUAGCCAGAAAUGAGGCCGCGACCAUUGCUCCAUCUCCAGCCUCAGAACCGAUCGCUUCACCUUCGGUUGCGAUUCCACCUCAACCCAGUUCAUCUUCAUCUUCGUCAUCAUCGUCUUCACCCUCUCUUGAUUCAUCGCCUGUUCGAGCUUUCGGUGGAAUCUUUCCCAAUUUCCAAGGAGGAAAUGGCGGUAGUGUCACCGGUGGUGGAUACGCUCAAACCAAUGGUCCUGGCGCCGCUUUUGCCGCUGGAUUUGCCCAAUCAAGUGGAUCCAAUUCAUUUGCCGGAGGCUUUGGUGCUGUCAUUCAACAUCCUCGUUUCCCCAAAUUUGGUCCCAAUGGAAACGGUAAACCAGUAACAACCAAUCGAGAUAUUGAUUCAGACAAUUCAAGUAAAGAUGAUGAUUCAGGUUUCGAAGAUGCAAUUAACUCAGAAGAUGCUGAUAGGUAAAAAUGUUAAUCUCUUUAUUGUUAAUCCCUCAUGAAUCAAUGGAAAACUUUUAAUUGUUUGUUUUGUUUUGUUUUUCGAUUCACUUUUAUUCAUUUUUUGCUCUUUUUUUCCAUUGAACUAACAAUUGUUCCGUUUUUGACUAACUCAUUCACAAUUAAAUCUAAAUCAAUGUAACCAACUUGUUGAUCAACAAUCAAUAAAUUCUUUUUCGAAAAAACAA